AUUUGAACCAAAAACAACAACUUUAAUUUAUAAAAAAAAAUUUAAAUUUGAUUUCUCGCUGCCUAAACUUCUGUCAUCUGUCAACUUAUCAUCAACUUUAAAUCGGAAUUUCUUUUAAUUUUUACGUUUUGCGUUGCCUUCUUCAUUAUUACGUCUUGAAAUCUAUGAUGCCCAUGGCGCCAACUGUUUAAAACAACACCCUUAACGUUUUAAACUAUUAUGGAUUUAGCCGAUCAAAUCGAUGAUUAUAUUUGUACAUUUGAAGGUCUCGGUGAUAUAACAAUGGAUUCAUUAGCAAUGUUUAUAUUUAUAUGGGCCGUAUUGGCUCUCUUCUUAGUAUGGCUGUGUAAAUUUUUAUACCAAAAAUAUGUGCUGAAAGAUAAACCUGCUAGUGCCGCCAGUAGUCGGCAGGGUAGUGUUGCCCCGGGUGGUAUUAAAACUGAAAAACGUCUCUCGGAACCGCGUGAAAUAUUGUCAAGUAAAAGUGAAAUAAAAGAUUUAUUAGCAAAACCGGCGGGUGGUAGUGGUCGUGGACGACCACCGGUACCUGGAGCUGCUGCCGGUGGACCGGGUGUGCGCAGACGUAUGGUGAGACAGGGUUCGACAGGACCGGAAAAUCGUAAAAAACGUUAUGUGCCACCGCCCUCAAAUGUUGUUGGACCAGAAACGACUUCCGUCACUUGGACUAGCCAAGUUUUUCGUUGGCUCUAUAGUGACUUGGUGAUUGUUAACGAAUUAUUAAUGUCUUGGGUUAUCGCACUUAACGAUACUUUGCAUAAAAACGAAGAAGAGACUCAAGGGACUUGCAGUAGAAUCGUACGUGUAUUACCCGACAGUCCGCCACCUGGUUUAAGUAACAUUUUCUGUAAUGCCGAUGAAGCCAAUCCAGCUGAUAUGCUUAUUACUUUCGAUUGUGACGCCAUGCCGGUAUUGCAAGUUAAAACCUUCCGACAGAAAUCAGGAAAAGUUGAGACUUCCCAUUAUAAGGUAACCGUUUCUAGAUUCCGAGCACGCAUAGCUAAUGCCAUGAACUACAAUACCUUAAAGGGUGAUAUGAGAGUAGAAGGUUUUCCAGAUAUACGCAUAGCCAUGAACAGUGUGGGCGCUAUUAAGCCCAUGGAUCAGGAUGAACAACAAUUCCAGGCCCAAGUUUCGGAAAUUUUAACUAGAGCUUUACGUGAUACCAUUUAUCCUGUAGAUUUCUCUAUGUAUACCACUUGUCCUCGUGCCGAUAUUGAACCCAUGGAUUUGCCUGUAAUUUAUCCCAUUCCAUAUGAUACUAUGGCGGUGAGCGUAAGAACAUUGAGAAGAGAAUUUUGCUUAAAAUAA